AUGCCUGCUCCGUCAAGUUCAACAACCGUGGGUAAAGGUGAUUCUGGUUCGAAAUCAGCUGGUCCUCGUGCAUCUGGUGGUCCUGGAGUUCGUCAACGAAAAACAACGACAGUUAGUACAAGAAGUCGUCCAGGUGCUGGAAACAGCGGAGCUGGUGUAUGGCGAUUUUAUACUGAAGAUUCACCUGGACUUAAAGUUGGUCCUGUUCCAGUUUUUCAGAUGCGAGAAAAAAAACUUCGUUAUAAAGAUAUCAAUGUUUAUGUAUCAUGUAUGUUAUGUAACGGUUAUUUGAUCGAUGCUGCUACUAUUCCAGAAUGUUUACAUACAUUUUGCAAAACAUGCAUUGCAUCUUAUCUCGACAAUGACGAAGAAGACAAUACUACCUGUCCAAGAUGUGGAACGGUAAUUGAUCAUGUGAAUCCAUGGAGAGUAAUUGUAUUCGAUCGAACAUUACAAUCUAUAGCGUAUAAACUUGUUCCACGCCUCGAACAAGAAGAAAUUGAACGUCAAAUUGCAUUUUAUAAAGAAAGGGAUCUACCAUUUCCUCAAUCAUUAGUUGAAAAAUUACAAGAAAAAAAAUGUGAAGAAGAACAACAACAAUUAGUUGUACCUGCCAAUUCUGAUUUACAUAUUUAUGAUGAUCAAGUAGCUAUUUGUCUUGAUGCAAAAAAUAAACAAUUAGAUUCUUUACCACGAAAAUAUAUUAUAUGUUCGAGUAAUGCAACAGUGACGCAUCUGAAAAAAUUAAUUGCAAAAAUGUUAUUUCAAGAUCCGUGUCGAUAUAGAACCGUAAGUGUAUGAAAUAUAUUCCUCUCAAAUUAUAUUAAUCACAAAGAUAUAAUUGUGUGAUUUAUCUUGAAUGUUAUGUUUGAGAAGAAAAUUUUGAUCGUUUGAACUUGAAUUGAAAAAUAAUAGUAAAUAGAAUCAAACUAUGUAUAGAGUAAAAAAUUUUUCUUGAAAGGAUUCAAGAAACUCUGCGUUUUAGUAGAAACAACAAAAAAAAAAUUAAUGUUUAUAACAACAGUAACAAAACUAAUAUUUUUUAUAUAUCGAAAAAUACUGCAUAUUACGAUAAUAAUGUAAACGUUUUGUUUAAUAGACAAUUGUCAGUUGUUUAAUGUUUAUAUACGAUUUCCAUAUUAUUCUAAUCUUGUCAUUAUGAAAAGGAGUAAAAAUUUCAUUUGUUAUCAGUUUUCACUAUGUUUGUCUCACUUGUUGUAUCCAUAUUAAUUAUUUCAAUACCUCUCGCUCUAUUUGUUAAAGGUGUUUUUUGAUUUGUGGUAUAUAAUACACUCUUUUGUACGGGUUCAUAAGAUUCCUUUCGAUAUAUUUGAUUAUUAUUAUUAUUUUCUACAUUAUCACCGAUAUUUGCUUUUCCAGAUUUACGACGACACGGUAGACAUUUUCUAAAUAAAGAUGACAUUUUUAUGUAACCAGUUAUUUGCUUGUUUGCUUAGUCGUAUUGAUAACUGUUCCGGUUUGAAGUUGAUGGAUUUUUCUUUUUGACAUCGAAUUUUAUCUAACUAAUAAGUCUAGAAUGAAACAUGAGGUAAACGUUAAAAAUUAACAUGUUAUAUAUAUGUAGAAUGUUUAACUGUACUGAUAAGAUGAAUGUAGGUUUCUAUCAUGAGAUAGAUGGUGAUUCAUACCAUUAUUCACUAAAUGAAAAGAUGCGGAGGAGGAUUGUUAAGUUGAUAAAUGAAACUAUAAUAUGGGCUGAUUAUGUAUGAGAAUGGCUCUAUUGGUUGAAAAAAGAAAAUAUUUUCUUCAAUGGCUACUUAUCCAAUUUUAACAUAUAUUAGGAACGAAUAAAUAAUAAAAUUAGGUUAUUUCUCUCCUUUAUAGUUGAUCUGAUCUCUGUUUUACAUUCUCGUUUCCAUUUACUAGAUGAAAAACAAAAGAAAUGUAAUAAACAGCCGGUUAUUAUCACAAAAAAAACAUGUGUUUUCAAAGUCCAAUAAAUCAUCUAUUGCUUUUCGUAUAAACAGAAUUUUACAUCCGUUCCUAUUUUACAACUUAAUCGUAGUAUAAUAAGAGAGUUCAAAUGUUAAUUAUACAAUAUCUGAACUGUAUUAAAAUAAAAAUUUAUAUCCUCUUAUUUAUAACGUCCUCUGCAUAAUUUUUUUUUCUUUUUAAAAUCGAGACAGUAGCAGAUGGUACGAUAUUACUUUUUUAUAACGAUAAAGUAACAUCAAAAGGAAAAAUCUUGUACGUGACGUCUUAAGUAAAGAACAAAAUCGAUCUUCAUUUUCUCUUUUCAAUUCCUACUUUUUUUGUAAUGUAACAAGAAAAAAAAUUUGAAAAUAAGCGCUUUUUCCCUCUUUUUUCCUUUUGUCAUAUGUGCUCUCGCAAAAUACGCCAAAUCUACCUUUUCCAUUAAUAAAAGAAAAAAAAAAUGUGUUAAAACUUUUAUGGUAUUUCGACAAAAAAAAAAAUAGUUUCGCUCCUUAUUUCUAUUCUCCUAAUGACUGACUACAGGAUGUUUCAGUUAUGUGUCGAGUUCUGUUUUCUCUAUCAAAAUAUGUAAGAUAACCCUUAAAAAGUUUUAAUAAUGACAAAAUUAAUUCAAGUGUCACUUUGAUUAAUGCGUUAAAUUGCAUUAUUUCAAGUAACAGUUAUAAUGUAUCUAUAUUUUUGAAUUUUUGAAUUUUUGAAUAAGUACUUUUUCUUCGUACCAACUUUAUUUUUAUUAUAUUCCAAACGUUUCGAUUGAGAGUUCAAUCUUCAUCAGUGGAUACAAACAUUAAUUAAAUUAA